AAUUGACAGUUGGUUUUCCUGAGUUCAGUUUUUGGGACGUAUCUAUUUUUCUCUCGUUUGAAGAAUGUUAUCAAAAUAGAUAACGAUUAUGUUGCUUUAUAAUUCUCUCACCCACAGGUGGUGAAGUCGCACCGGUGGUGCUUAUAAUUUAGUUAAACGAUUUUAUUUGAUAUGUCACUGCCGUGACCGGGCGCGUUGUGAUAAUUUCAUUUUAAUUUCAUUUUUAAAGGGCGUGCAGUUAUUUUGUAUGUUAUGUAACGUAUAUUGUAGUGUUUUCGGUGUUGUAUUAUCAUUGGUAAGAUGAGGGCAGUGGCUUUGAUCAGCGGCGGGAAGGACAGCUGUUACAACAUGAUGCAGUGUGUAGCCGCCGGGCACUCUAUAGUCGCGCUGGCCAACCUCCAACCCAUACAAAAAGAUGAAUUGGACAGCUACAUGUACCAAACGGUUGGACACCAGGGUAUAGAUCUGUAUGCAGAAGCCAUGGGCCUCCCGCUGUACCGGGAGGCUAUAACUGGUGUGGCAGUUGACCAAGGCAGGAAUUACCAGCCCACAGAAAAUGAUGAGGUUGAAGAUCUGUUCAGGCUACUUUCCAAGAUCAAGGACGAAUUAGAAAUAGAAGCGGUGGCUGUGGGUGCAAUCUUGUCAGAUUACCAAAGAAUUAGGGUUGAAAAUGUUUGCCGAAGAUUAGGUCUAGUAUCCUUGGCGUACCUCUGGAGGAGAAACCAAAAGGAAUUGCUACAGGAAAUGAUUACAUCCGGUGUUGAAGCUAUUAUUAUUAAGGUGGCAGCCCUAGGGCUCGACCCGCGGAUACACCUGGGCAUGAGCCUGCGCGACAUACAGCCGCACCUGCUGCUCAUGCAGGAGAAGUACGGCCUCAACGUGUGCGGGGAGGGCGGGGAAUACGAAACAUUUACGUUGGACUGUCCGCUUUUUGCGAAACGACUGGUCAUAGAUGAGAAAGAGACAGUUAUCCACACAGAAGACCCGGUCGCUCCAGUCGGUUAUUUAAACCUGAAACUCCACUUGGAGGCGAAAUGCAACAGCGACGUGAAACUACCUCCGAGCAUAAAGAGCUCGCUGGAUUUCGUGGGGGACCUCAGUGACACGGUGUUUAGCGACCUUAGCGACAUCGAGCUGAGUGAGUCAGAAAUCGAAUCCAUUGAGAAGAUAGAAAAGGAAGAGAAGAAGAAGCAGAAAGAACUGAAUCCAUUGCUCACAUACUCAGGAGACAGGCCUGAUGAAGUAGACGAAGUGGAUAAGAGAGACGAAAGCGUGGACUACAUAGAUGGAUACAGUUACGAGGAGCCGCCUGGAGGGUACACUCACACAGUAGAAGAUCACAGUACAAUAUACGGUAACAAGCACGGGUGGUACUUCAUCGGAGGGGUCACGGGCGUCGCGGCCGACACGGCAUCCGCGACGCAGGACGCUCUGAAGAAACUCAUUAAUCUUCUGGACUCCGAAGGCAUGUACUUAACAGACGUAUGUUCUGUGAACAUAUACAUGCGAGAUAUGGCUGAAUAUUCUGCUCUGAACGCCGUAUACGUCAAACACUUCAGCUUCCAAAAUCCACCGACGAGAGUCUGCGUUCAGUGCCCUCUGCCGGCGAAUGUGGGUCUUAUUUUGGACGCAUUGGCACAUAGAGAAACAGUGGCGCAUAAGUCCACACCGACUCACGAGACGGAGCCGCCCAAGGAGCGAGUGACCAUGCACGUGCAGGGUAUAUCGCACUGGGCGCCCGCCAACAUUGGACCUUAUAGCCAGGCCAUAAAGGUGGGCGAGGUGAUCGGCACAUGCGGUCAGAUCGCGCUAGUGCCGGGCAGCAUGGCGCUGGUAGCGGGCGCCGCACGCAGACAGUGCGCGCUGGCGCUGCGACAUCUCACGCGCGUGCUGCGCGCGUCGCAUCCCAGGGCGCACAUUCGCAGCGUCGUGCAGAGCGUAUGCUACAUGACCCACGGCGGCAGCGUGGGGGAGGCGCGGCGGCAGCUGGAGCGGCGCACGGCCGGGGCAAUCGUCCAGUACGCCGUGGUGUCGGCGCUGCCGCGCGCCGCCGCGCUCGAGUGGCACGCCUGGGCGCACACAGACAACUGCAGAUUCUCAUACGAAGAAACUGGCUGCAACGUUGGAGAGUACAAAGUAGCGAUCACCAGGAGGUGGAACUACGAAAAUACCGUUGCAGCGUUCGUGUGUUAUGUAGCCACAGGUUCUUCGCCGUCCACGUGCCAACUCCAGUUCCCCAGUGAAGAAGCUUGUGUAUCCCACAAACGACUCGCCGCGCAGAUGUCCAGCGAACACAUUGAAGAGGUUCUAGAAUACGCUCUGAAGAAACUUCUGGACGACUAUGAUGGAGACUCCGCGCCAGCGUUGAAGAUGAGAAUCUUCUAUCAGGUAUCGAGUGCGCCCAGCGCCAGCACGUUGGUGUCAGCGCUGCACAGAGUCCGCGAGAGGGUAAAGGUCCGCGCGGCCGUCACGUGUGUUCCCGUGCUCGGCCUUCACAACGCCUUCACCUUCCUCUCCAUCAGUGGGCUCAGGCUCGACGAGUGAGACAGAUCAUCAACUCUUCAAAAACGAAUGCAGAUGCUUUAUUGCCGGUUUAUAUAAAAUAUAUUUGCUGAAUAUUUUCAGUGUUUAUGAAAUUUUGUUAUUACGCUACCGAGUUUACCAAUACUAUAAGUAAAAUUAUAUAAAUUA